GAGAUGAGUUCCCCUAGAAAAACCAAAUAAAACGCAUCUCUUGGGGUUUGUGGUCAGUCCCUUCCUUCUUCCCCUUUCACUUCUCUCUUCCUCUCUUCUCUACUCCACUCUUUCUCUCUGUCUGAGUCUCUGCUUGUCCGUCAGAGAGAUUUUGGUGUGACCGAGUGAAAAGAAAAAGAGACAGAGAAGCCUAGAGAGGCUCAUUAUUUGAGGGCACUGUUCUCUCACUGUUGUUGUGUUCAUGUCCUCAAAGCAGCAGCCUAUAAUGAAGAAAUGAACCCAGAACCAAGCCUCUUCUUCUAUGAAGAAGAUGGAUCAGCCAUUUCUCUUGGACGCUCUCUUCUGCUCCGAGCAACAUUUGGAUGAGGAGGAGGAAGAGGUGUUGGACUAUGAGUUUGUAGAAGAUAGUUCUUUAUAUAGCAACACUACCUCUACAUCUUUUAUGCAAACACAAAUAAAGUCCCCAAUCUUGCUAGAGCAAGACUUGUUCUGGGACGAUGAGGAACUUGCUUCUUUGUUAGCGAAAGAGAAAGUGAAUCAGGAUCGGAAAAUCAAGAAUCCCAGCGAGUCUUUGGCCCGGGCUCGUAAGGAGGCUGUGGAUUGGAUGCUGAGGGUCAACACCCACUACUCUUUCUCUGCUCUCACUGCAGUUCUGGCUGUUGAUUACCUCGAUAGGUGUUUCUCCCGCUUCCAGUUUCAGCCCGAGAAGCCAUGGAUGACACAGCUCGCUGCCGUGGCUUGUCUCUCUGUCGCUGCCAAGGUGGAGGAGACCCAAGUCCCUUUAUUACUAGACCUCCAAGUGGAGGACAGUAAGUAUGUGUUCGAAGCGAAAAAUAUCAGCAGGAUGGAGAUUAUGGUUCUCUCGACUCUUGAUUGGAGGAUGAAUCCGGUAACCCCAAUUUCGUUUCUUGAUUACAUGACAAGGAGGUUUGGUUUGAAAGACCACCUCUGCUGGGAAUUUCUCAAGAGAUGUGAGCUCAUCCUUGUCAAUCUCAUCUCAGAUUCUAGGUUCUUGUCUUUCCUUCCAUCUGUAGCGGCUACUGCCACAAUGCUGCACGUUGUCAAUAACAUUGAACCUUGUCUUCAAGUUGAGUAUGAAAACCAGCUCUUGAGUAUUCUCGGAAUCGACAAGGGUGCGGUGGAUGAUUGCUCUAAGCUCAUCAUGGAAUUGUCAUCAUCAUGGUCGAGAAACAAGCGCAAGUUUGGUUCUUCAAUUCCGGGGAGCCCAAAUGGAGUCAUUGACAUCUCAUUCAGCUCAGACAGCUCAAAUGACUCAUGGGCGGUGGCCUCAUCAGUCUCGUCCUCACCGGAGCCUCUGUCCAAGAAAAGCAGAGCUCUGGAAAAGCAGCUUCUGGAGAAGCUCAACCACACUGCAAAUGCAACAGCAGAUAUUCUCAGCCUUCCACGCCUUCCCUAAUUGGUUCCCCCCUUCGUUCUAAGGAACACUGUCUAAUAAUAAUACUUUAUGUUCCUAAUUAAAUUUGUUUAUUAAGUUAGUUGUUAAAUUGCCAACCAUCUCUGUAUUAAAUUUUCAUCUUGAUAUCUAGAAGCGAUCCAUAAGAUCGAUCACCAUCUCUGCUUUGCAAUGUGGUGAUCCGAUCUGCGGAUUGUGACCGGAUAUGGGAUUAGGAAGCGGAGAUGGUUGGCAUUUUAUCCGGAGGAAAUUUCAUCAAGAACAAUCAUCCAACAUUAUAGUAAUGAAGAGUACUUGCAUCAUCAGAGGCAACAUUAUAUCUUUA